UCGGAAACAACUCCAUCUCCCCCGUUCCCACUCCACCCCAUUGAAGAAACACAUCAAUGACACUCCAAUUCCAUUCCCCCCCACUCCCCCACUCUCACUCCUCCACCACUUUCCACUACCUCCUCCCCACUCUCCUCUUCUCUCUCCUCUUCCUCCUCUAUCUCUCCCACACUCCUCUCUCUCCCUCCUCUCCCUCUCUCGACCCCUUCCUCUUCCCCCAUCUCUCUCGCCCCCACACCCACCGCCUCCUCUUCCUCUCCCACCGCCGCCCCUCUCUCCCCUCCCCCCCUCCCCCACCCUCUCUCGCUUACUUCAUUUCCGGCUCCAAAGGCGACUCCGCUCGGAUUCUCAGACUCCUCUUCGCUGUCUACCAUCCCAGGAACCACUACUUGAUUCAUCUGGAUUUGGGGGCGGCGCAGAGUGAGCGCGAGGAGAUGGCGAGGGUUGUGAUGGGGGUUGGGGUUUUUAGGGCGGCCCAGAAUGUUAAUGUGCUGGGGAAGGCGGAUUUUAGUUAUGAUCAGGGGGCGUCGGCUAUUUCGGCUGUGUUGCAUGGGGCUUCGGUUUUGUUGAGGCUUUCGGAGAGAUGGGAUUGGUUUGUUAAUCUUUCGCCUGCUCAUUAUCCGCUUGUUACUCAAGAUGAUCUGCUUCAUAUUCUGUCAUAUCUGCCAAAAGAUCUCAACUUCAUAAAUCACACAAGCUACAUUGGUUGGAGAGAAUCUCGGAAGUUGAAACCGAUAAUUGUUGAUCCUGGCCUCUAUCUUUCGGAGAUAAAUGCCAUGUUUUAUGCUACUCAGAAACGUGAUCUACCAGAUGCUUACCAAUUGUUUACUGGUUCAGCUGCCGGCAUAGUGAGCCGCAAGUUACUUGAGUUUUGCAUCUUCGGUAUAGAAAACUUUCCGAGGACUCUACUCAUGUACCUGUCAAACUCUCCUUCAGCUCAGUCUGUAUAUUUUCCAACUCUCAUAUGCAACUCUAAGCAAUUCCGCAAAACAAUAAUCAACCACAAUCUGCAGCAUUCUGCCCUUGACGAUCGACAGGAACCCCGCCCUCUCAAUUCCAGUGAUCUUGAUGAUUUAUUCAAUACUGGAGCUGCCUUCGCCUCUCCAUUUCUCCCAGAUGACCCAGUUCUUGAUAUCAUUGACCAGAAAGUUCUAGGCCGCGAUCCAGGGAAGCCAACACCUGGGGGUUGGUGUCUAGGUGAAUCUGAAGAUGACAUUUGUACUGAAUGGGGUGAUGCUGAAGUUUUGAGACCAGGUCCAGGAGCAAAAAAACUUGAGAGAAGUAUGGUUCAACUAUUAGCAGAUGGACUUUACAAAACUCAUCAAUGCAUGGUCGAAUGAAUGGCUUCCCCGGAAACUACAGGAGUAGAUAAAUUAUAAAAGAAGAAAAUGCUUGACCGGUAAGCAUUCGGUUAACCGAAACCGAAACCGAAUUUUUUUUCGGUUAACCGAAACCGAAAUUAUGAAAAAUCUCUACCGAAAACCGAACCGAAAUAUAUUCGGUUUUAAACCGAAACCGAAAUAAAUAAUUCGGUUUUUACCGAAAACCGAAAUUUGAAACCGAAUUUUAAGAAAAAUAUCAAAAUUGCAAAAAAACAUUCAAAAAGUUUAAGUUUAGUUUGAUCAGCAAUUUAAUAAAUUAAGAAAUUCAAGUUUUUGGGUGCUCAAAUGCUUGGAUUUCUGCUUCUUGAAUGUCUAUUCCAGCUGGUAUGUUGCUCCAGACUCCAGCAUCCAGUUCUGGAGUGAUGCAGUGCUUCAGCCUUCAGUGAAUCAAAUGGGUUAAUGAAUCGCAUGAGAUGAGUGAGUUGACUGAUGAAUUCCUUGAAUUGAAUCCGGGGCCGGAGAAGUAGAGAGUCCAGUUAUAUAUGAACAGCCAAGCACAUGCUAGCAGGAGUAUAUUAAUUCAACCAGGGAAUCAAUCAAUAUUUUAUAAAAUAAAGAAAAGUUCGGUUAUUAUUUCGGUUUUUCGGUUAACCGCGGUUAAAAACCGAAUAACCGAAUUUCAGAAAUUUUCCUACCGAAAACCGAACCGAAAUUUGUAAUUUGGUUAACCGAACCGAAUUUUUUUCGGUUAUUCGGUUCGGUUUUCGGUUAACAGAACCGAAUGCACACCCCUAACCGGUACUGCUGAAAAUUUUGUUAUAUAGCUUUAACUGAUUCCUUGUAAAACCAAGCAAUAACUUGGUGUUGUAAAUGCAUUUACUAAUCCAAAGGAUCCUGAGAUGGGUCGAUACCUUGACAUAACACAUAUAGGCCCUGUUUGGGGAUUAGCGGUUAACUUUUAGCGGAGCGGAUUGAAUUAGAUGUUUUAACUAACUGAUUGAAAUAGAUGUUUUGACUAGUGGAUUGGACUAGCGGUCUGGAUUUGACUAUCCAUAUACCUUCUAAGCAGGAAAAUGGUGCAAAUUGGAACUCACUGUAUAUUGUUUCUU